UUCAUGCCCUGUGUGUGUUCUUUCCAACAGGGUUUUGCUUUUUGUUGAUUCAGAUUCCCUCCAAUAAUCUAGAGAAAGCUGCAUAGUAUCUUCAGAAGAUUCUCUGGACAAGAGCUGCGAAAUCAAAUCAAUGGAGGACAAGAACCAGUACGGUGUGUGGAGGUUGGCGGGAGAGGAAGAACUCCAGGUGGAAGACGUGUGGGAUGUUCUUGAUGAUGGAUACGGACAUGGACAUGAACAUGAACAUGAUCAAUCAACUUCAGAAAUCGACAAAACCUCGGAUCCCUCUUUUCCGUUCCAAAGGUCUCGUCCUAGGGUUAUCCCAAGAACAACCACAAGCAGCGUACGGACAAGGCAACACUCGGCUCCUGUCAAUGUUCCUGACUGGUCAAGAGUUCACAGAGGGAAGCCAAAGAAAGCUGCUUCCAGUGAUGAUGAUGAUGAUGAUGAUGUGUCGCCGGAGGCGUAUUUCAUGGGUCGGAUACGAUCACCAUCGUUCUCGGUCAUCGAAGGAGCUGGCAGGACGCUGAAGGGGAGAGAUCUGAGCAAGGUUAGGAAUGCAGUGCUGAAGAAAACUGGCUUUCUUGAGUAGCAAGUUUCCUCUUUUAGUUUUUUAAUACGAACAAAGAUUCCAAGAUUCCCCUGUUCUUAACGGUCCAUGGAAACGUAUUGAUAUGAAAUAAAAUUAAUACCAACCACGUAAUACUUCUCUUUUGUUUCAUUCAUAUGCUAUUCAAUAUUCAUCCAUCAAUACAAAUACGACACACAUAUAUAUAGUGUGUAUAUAUAUAUAUAUAUAUAUAUGUCAUAUAUAAACAUGGUUCAAGCCCACACAAGCAUCAAUAAGACUAUACAUAGCUUCCACUUUAUCUCCUUUGAAAAAUCUCAACUCUUUUAUUGCUAAAUCCUUCGUCUCCUCCACUCGUUUCAUUGUUUCCACGUUGUCUUCUUCGCCG